CUCAUAACAAUAAUGUUUAUUUCAGACAGCUACAAUUAACACCGCUAAUCCAAUAGUGGAUAGGAUCAUGGACGAUGAUUCGGUGGAAGGUGUUGUUAUGACUAACAGAGAGGGGGCUCCAAUAUUGACGAAUGUUAGCGUCACCGGCGCUACGAAUUAUGGAAGAGCUCUUCAUAAGUUCGGCCUGCUGUCACAAAUGUACGUCAAGGAAUUGAAUCCGACAGAAGAAAUAAUGAUAAUACGGAUAAGAACAAGGAAGAAUGAAAUUAUGGUGGCACCAGAUAAGGAAUUCAGUAUUGUUGUCAUACAGCACGCUCGAGCUCGGCGCAAGGUUAAAGAGAAGAGAGAGAAAAAUAAAUAAGCGCUUCAUUUAGAAGUAAUUAUACUAUUUAAUUCUUAUGGCAUUUUUAUGUUAUUAUUAAAAAUAAACCAACAAUAUAA